GUCACCAGCGCGGGCGGGGACAGAGGGGAGGGGGAAGCGCCUCAAGGUGAGGGCACCGCGCUGCCUUAAGAAGCCGUGCGCCCCCGCCACAGCUCAGAGCUUGUGGCGUUGUGCGCUGGCUGGACGUGCGGGCACAAGCUCAGUGCCCAGCUCCCACCGCGCCCGCUGCUCCUUCCACUCGGUGCGAGCUCGCAGCUGCCUGUGCCCCGAAAGGUGGCCAGCCGAGAGCGGCGAGCCCCGAGGGAUCGGCCUCCAGCUCCUGCAGGCGAAGCCUCCUGCAGCAACAGUGUGCAGUAUCGUUGUCCACUAGUGCAGAAUCUAAGCUGGAUCUCUUCUACUGCCUGUCUGACAUCACCAUGCCGUCCAGCUGCACCAACAGUACUCAAGAGAACAACAGCAGCCGAGCGUGCCUCCCCCUCUCCAAGAUGCCUAUUAGUGUAGCUCACGGCAUCAUCCGCUCCGUUGUGCUGCUUGUCAUCCUUGGUGUAGCCUUUCUGGGUAACGUAGUGCUGGGUUAUGUAUUGCACCGUAAGCCAAACUUGCUGCAGGUGACCAACCGGUUCAUAUUUAACCUGCUUGUCACUGACCUGCUGCAGGUUGCUCUUGUGGCCCCCUGGGUGGUGUCCACCGCCAUUCCUUUCUUCUGGCCUCUCAACAUCCACUUCUGCACUGCCCUGGUUAGCCUCACCCACUUAUUUGCUUUUGCUAGUGUCAAUACCAUUGUGGUGGUGUCAGUAGAUCGUUACCUGACCAUCAUCUACCCUCUUUCCUACCCAUCCAAGAUGACCAACCGACGUAGUUAUAUUCUCCUUUAUGCCACCUGGAUUGCAGCCUUCCUGCAGAGCACACCUCCACUCUAUGGCUGGGGCCACGCUACCUUUGAUGACCGUAAUGCCUUCUGUUCCAUGAUCUGGGGAGCCAGCCCUGCCUAUACCGUUGUCAGUGUGGUAUCCUUCCUCAUCAUUCCACUGGGUGUUAUGCUUGGCUGCUAUUCUGUGGUGUUUGGUGCAGCCCGGAGGCAGCAAGCUCUCCUGUAUAAGGCUAAGAGCCACCGCCUGCAGGUGAGAGUCAAGGACUCUGUGGUGCAUGAGAAUGAACAGGAAGCAAAGAAGAGGGAUGAGUUCCAGGACGAGAAUGAGCUCCAGGGCCAAGAUGGAGGUGCUCAGGCUAAGGAAAGCAGCACAAUGGAAGAGGAUCUCAUGGUGGCCGAGAACAGCAGCAUGAAGACCGAAAGAGGAAGCCUGGAUUUCAGUGCAGGUAUUAUGGAGGCCAGGGGCAGUGAAGAGGACAGUAAUGGCAGCAUGGAGGGACUGGAAUUCAUCACUGAAUUUCAGGCUAGCAGCGCAAAGGCAGACACGGGCCGCAUAGAUGUCAAUCAGUGCAACAUUGACAUGGGCGAAGAUGACAUAGAGUUUGGCAUGGAUGAAGUCCAUUUCAACGAUGAUGUCGAGGCAAUGCGCAUUCCAGAGAGCCGUCUACCCAGUCGUCGAAACAACAACAGCAACCCACCUUUGCCUCCAUGCUAUGAGUGCAAAGCCGCUAGGGUGAUCUUCAUCAUCAUUUUCUCCUAUGUGCUGUCUCUGGGGCCCUACUGCUUUCUGGCAGUGCUGGCUGUGUGGGUGGAUAUCGAUACCCAGGUACCUCAGUGGGUGAUCACCAUAAUAAUCUGGCUUUUUUUCCUGCAGUGCUGCAUCCACCCAUAUGUCUAUGGCUAUAUGCACAAGAGCAUCAAGAAGGAAAUCCAGGAGGUACUGAAGAGGUUAAUCUGUAAGAAAAGCCCCCCUGUGGAAGAUAGCCACCCUGGCCUUCACGAAACGGAAGCUGGCACAGAGGGAGGUACCGAAGGCAGGGCUGUCCCCUCUCAUGAUUCAGUUACUUCACCUUAAAGUUAGCAGUAAGGCAAACUUUAAUUGUACACAAAAACGGAACACAAGAGCAGCUUUCUUUUCAGCGCACCGCUCACAAUCUCAUUAGUGCCAGUGCUUACCAUUUCAGGCAAAGGUGUUGCACACGCAUCCUUUCCCACCACAUGGCCGAUAAAUAUAAGGAAGAACUAGGGACUUGGAAGUUUCCUGAAAAGUAUAAACCUGUCAAAGCAUGGACUUUAGGAUCCCCACCAAAUAUAUACAGAUAUACACAUAUUAGGCUCGAAAUUUCCCAAAGCAAGGGCUAUCUGGUUUGAAACAACUGUUUUUGGUAUUCUGCCUGUCUCCCCAGAGCUAUAACACAUCAGCUUUAGCUCUGAGUAAAAGGAAAAGCAAUGCCUAUGGACAUAAGGACUUUGGACUUCAGGUCAGGAACUCAUGGGCUGGGGCUACAUAUUGUGUUCAGCUGAAAGAAAAGAAACUGACCAACUCAUUUAUGGAGCCCCAAAAGCAGAGCUAGGUGGAUGGAUCACCGUAUGAGCAGAUUUCUGUACCAGAGGGUCCCACAGUAUAUGGUGAAAAGCCUAUAAUUCAAACUGCAACAAAGGUGGACUAUGCAGUUAGACAAUAAAGAAAGCUUCUAGGUCUUCACAAGGGAUCAAGAAAAAGGUAAACCUGAAAUGAGGGGCUAGGUCAAAGGAAGAAAUGGAGAAAUAAGACAUAUCCAUGGAGCUAAACGACUAUGUGUUUCUUUCUCUUUCUCUCUCUCCCCUCCUUCUCCAUCCUCCUGUACCCUGCUACAUGGGCAGGAACUGACCACUGUGCAAAUGGAAAAAGUGCGAUUGACACAAAUGUUUUCUGUCUCCUAUUUGAGUAACAGCAGAAAAGAAAUCAGGCCACUAUCUUACUAUUUCCCUUCUGUCACUGAGUUGGGAUACUUAUAAGAACUCUCUAGAACUCUGACAGCCUCUGGGUUUUAUUUGCUCUUAUUUCAAACUGAUGUUUUGAUUAAACAGUAUUUUCAGGUUUCAAGAAGAAAGGAAGAAGAAAGACAGAGAAAAGGAAGAAAGAAAUUCCAGUAUGAAUGGCCAAAGUUCUAGAAAACUCACACUGCCGAUAAAUUUUAUGUGUGUAAGAAGUUUCUUUUAUCUCUGUACCCUAAUAAACAUGAAGCAGGUUCUGCAUAUGAGGAUAGACAUGUUCCUUCCCACAUGCAUAUACAUAAUAUACCUGUGGCUCUCUCUAAAACUUGUAAGUUCUCUGUACAAAUGCAGGGUAGAGUAUAAGUGUCAGGAAUGACGUUAUAUUUCUUCCUCCUCACAGAUUCCAGCAUGAGCUUCUCAAGGGAGGAAAGGUAAACGGUUGUGAAUUGUGAGGGUGUGGGUUUACCGUAUUCAGAAUGCAGGAGACUGGAUACAACCAAAUAGUAUUGAAAUGGCCUGUCAGAUCAGUAUGUCCACAAGAAGUUUAUCGAAUUCCACUUCACUAAUUUAGAACUUGUGAGAGCCUCAGAUAAGUCAUCGUAUCUAACCCUCACACUUCCAUUCAUUUUUCCAAAAAGUGUAACAAAGAAAAUUGUUUGUCAAAAUCCAAAAUCCAAAUGGAACCAGAACCUGUCUGUACAAGUGUGGUAAGUCCAUUUGGCAACACAUACGACAUCUUCCAGGGAACAAAAAAUAGGAUUAAAGGAACAUUGGUUGCAAGCUAAGUGCUGAGAUAAGGAAUCUGGUCAGGGCUUUUAACACUCUCCCUACUUAACUGUGUUUCUAUUUUUUCUUCUUACUCUAGGCCUCUAAAGGCCCCAUACCACUCCCAGGUUUAGGCAUCUGAGGAGGCAGAAGCAUGUACUGGAAACAAACUGUAGCCUAAAACCCAUGAAGAACAGACACCGUUCCAAUUAUAUGAGACAUCUUCCUCUCUGGCAAAUGUUUAAUGUGCACAUCAGCACACUUAGGCUAUAAGCCACAAAACAGGUUAGAGAAAGAUACAGGAAAACUCAGAUAUACAGAACUUGGCCACUGCCAAGUCACUGGGAAGUUCAUUGCUUUUUGGUAAGUAGGGUAAGAAUUGUCAAAGAACAUGAAGGCUGCCAAUAGAAGUUAGGUUUCCAUCAUUGCCUCCCAAAGCCUCCAUAUCUUAGCAGUAUACACACUAAGGGGAAAUCACAGCAAUGUGUACAGUUAAGAAGGUCUGCUGUGUGAAAAUUAAUUGCUGUCUUUCUGUAGCUCUAAAAGAGACAAAGACAAGAUUGGUUUUAGUUUGCUAUUUCAGACAUGAAUGGAUUUUCCCCUCUUCAUCAGUUUUAACUUUAAUGAAAAUUUAGUACUUUCGUCUUGUGUCAGUGCUGUGUUCUCUUGUGGUAUUUCUUCUAAUGUAAGCUCUAACUGUAUAUAAAAUGUGUUCUUGGAGAUAAGGUGCUAGAGAUUAGAUCGUGUGUGUGCGUGGUUUGUGCAGUAAAGUGGGUGAUGUGUGUGUACAUGUAAAGUUAGUUAACAAAAUGCAUGCAGUACUCUACAUGUGACCCACAAUCUGGUCACUUUUUGAAGUAGAACAUAGUACAUUUAUUUACCUUUAAAAGUGUAUACUACAGGAUAUGUAACAUGGCUCCACAGUGAUAUGCAGGAAGAGGUGCCUUUCAUUCCUUACAUCCCUGGUACGUGACAAGCAAGAACUUUUCCUGGUACAGCUGGGAAGAGAUGUGGAACUAAAUUAUCAUCUUGGCUGAAGUCCUCACCGGCAGUUCUCCAUCCCACUGGCACUGGUAUGCCUGUUUUCUUCAGUACGUAGAACUCGAAAUCAAAGAAGACAAGUCCUUUCCCCAUAAAGGAGCAAGAACCCCAGGACAGGCUAUUGGAGUACUGAUAGCAGGAGAAAAAAAAGAGUACUGUAGUUUCAAAACCUAAACAGGAACCAGUACCUGACUGGGAAGUUAAUCAGACUUGCAUUUAGCUGAUCCAUAGUUGACGAUCCCUACCCUCCUAGAGAAGUGCCAAGACCCAGAAGGCUGCUCUGUUUUGUUUUUGUUGUUGUUUUCCUCUUUGGCUGUCUCAGAUGAGAUGCAGUAUUAAUAAGAGACAGUGAGAAUUUGGGGGGUGGGGGGAGGGCAGGGAUUGCAGCUCAGGUGUUUGAAGAGUUACAGUCAUAGAUCAAAUAUAUUUGCAAAAGAACUCAGAUUAUUUUAUUAUAUUUUAAAAACAAAAGUAUUACAAGAGGAUAUAUUUUAUGUAUAUUCUCAUUAAAACAUUUCUAAAACUGCCUUUAAUACCAAAUUUCAUGUGCUAUUUUGAGACUGAGAAGAAUAGGACAAGUGCACUCAGUCAAUAAAACAGUUCUCUUUAAUACUUUCCAUUUUAAAUUUAAAAGUUUCCUUUUAAAACAAAAGGUUUGCAAUUUAAAAGUGCCUUUUCAAAGGAUUUUUCAAAACUAUAGUCCUGGGGCCUAGUUCCCAUUGGCACAACUUACCUUCAGGUGCACAAAUGGGUUGGAAUUUAUUGCCCACCUGUCAGCGAGAAGAGAAAUCCCCUCACACUCAAAUCAAAUUUAUGAAUUGAUACUGUUACAUGGGCAGGCAGUCCCAGAGACUCUGCCCAAAAUCAUGGUUUCAUAUAUUGGUUUAAUUGAAUGCAUUCUAAACUGGUUAUGAUGCCUUUUGUGCCAGACAGGAAUAACAGACUCCUGCUUGGGGAAUGAAGACAGAUUAAUGUUUGUGAUUUAACUAUUAUUAAUAUUUUUCGUGUUUCUUAAAUAGGUGCUGUAAAUCUGUCCUUGGUACAUUCUUCUGAAAUAUGCUAAAUAAAGUCUCAUUUUGUGUGUG